UAUGCAUGAUUUUCAAAGAUGAAAAACCCAAACUCAUUACACAACCAUCAACAAAUACUUUGGCUUUUUCUUAUUUCAAUUCUGAUCUCAAACAUCUCAUUUUGUGCUUGUGAGAUAAAAAACACUCGCAUCAUCGAUGAUGCAAGGCCAAUGAUCUUGUUUGAGCGAUUUGGGUUUGCCCAAGACGGGCACGUGGCCAUUUCCAUAAAAGAUGUUUCAUGGAAAUCCAAACAUCACAAUGCAAAACUUGAUCCUACUUCCAUGGGGUUCUUCCUCGUCAGAGACAUCUCCUUCCCACGAAUCUUGAAUGAGUCAGAGUACACCGAAGGCUUUUGCGUUCUAUCGAGCCAAUUUGUGAAACUUAUAUUCAGACUUGACAAGCUCGCUGGUGGCUUAACCUACAAUGGUUCUGUAGCCAUCGAGGAGCCAGACAAGUAUAAUUUGAUAUUUGGAAAUUGCCAACCAGAAUUUGAAGUCACGAUGAACGUUCAUACGGAGAUGUACAAUGUACGAAAUGAUGGUACAAAGGAUUUCCUUCCUGCAGGCCAAACCCUAAUGCCAAAACUCUAUUUUCUCCUUUUCCUCAUCUACACCAUUUUUUUGGGUACAUGGAUUUUCAUUUGUAUCAAACAAAGAUCAACCGUUGAUCGAAUUCAUUUAAUUAUGUGUGCAUUGCUUUUGUUCAAAGCACUCAAACUCAUUUGUGCGUCAGAGGACAAGAUGUACAUAACCAAAACGGGCACGCCCCACGGUUGGGAUGUUGCGUUCUACGUGUUUGGUUUCUUCAAAGGUGUCAUUCUUUUCACUGUCAUCGUCCUCAUAGGCACCGGUUGGUCAUUCCUAAAACCAUACCUUCAAGAGCGUGAAAAGAAAGUCUUAAUGGUAAUUAUUCCAUUACAAGUUUUAGAAAACGUAGCUUCUGUUGUAAUCAGCGAAACGGGGCCUGCUAUGAAGGAUUGGUUGAUGUGGACUCAGUUGUUUUUGAUUUUUGAUGUGGCAUGUUGUUGCGCUGUGCUUUUUCCUAUCAUUUGGUCGAUCAAAAGCUUGAGAGAGGCAUCGAAGACGGAUGGAAAGGCUGCGAGGAAUUUGGGGAAAUUGACUUUGUUUAAACAGUUCUACAUUGUUGUGAUUUUGUUCUUGUACUUCACUAGAGUGAUGGUUCCGGCGAUUGGGACGGUGGUGAGUUACAGAUAUGAAUGGGUUGCCGUCGCAGCGGCGGAGGGUGGGAGCUUGGGUUUUUAUUUGUUCAUUUUUUACAACUUUCAGCCCAUAGAGAAAAAUCCGUACUUGGUGAUUGAUGAUGAAGAAGAAGCUACUGCAGGUCACAUAUUGGAAGCUGACGAUUCAUUCGACCUCUAA